AUGCUCAUGCUCGGAGAAUGUGAGAAGCUCCUUGGUGAUGGUCUACUCUGCUUGCCUAAGAAACACAACAACCGCUAUGGCCCAGCGGCCGAAAGGGAUCUGCUAGAGCUCUUAUUCCGGUCGCUCGUGGGGCACAACCAGGAGCUGGUACAGCAUCUCUUCCCAGAAGGUACUCCAACGGGACCAUGGAAGCUUGCCGAGGCUCAGGGUGCCCGUGAGGGCGCCGAGUAUAGUGAGGCGGCGCGGGGCAAGCGAUGCGGUCAUAUCUUUCGAGCUGGCGAGGCCACCUACCGAUGUGUGACUUGUGCCGCGGAUGACACUUGUGUGCUGUGUAGUCGGUGCUUCGAUUCGUCCGAUCAUAGUGGACAUCAAUAUCAGAUCUCGUUAUCGUCCGGGAAUUGUGGUUGCUGUGAUUGUGGUGACGAUGAAGCAUGGCGGUUGCCGCUCUUCUGUGCGAUUCACACGGACAGUGGCAACGCCAAAGGAAAGGAGCGUGCGAAGCGCGAAUUACCGUCUGAACUUGUGAAUUCGAUUCGUCUGACUAUCGCUCGUGCACUCGAUUAUUUCUGUGAUGUCAUUUCUUGCUCUCCGGAGCAAUUGCGGCUACCAAGGACUGCUGAGGGCAUCCGAGAGGACGAGAAGGCAUCUCGGCUGCGUCCAGACUGGUACGGUGCUGGUGAUGAUGAGGAAGAAGACCCUGAAUUCGCUGUAAUGCUGUGGAACGACGAGAAGCAUACAAUUCGAGAUGUAUCCAACCAAGUUUCGCGUGCUUGUCGGGAAAGAGAAAGCUACGGCAUGGCCCGGGCGCAUGAAACAAACGAUAUGGGCCGAAGUGUCAUCAAGUAUUCAAAGGAUCUGCAAAGACUACUUACCGUUUCUAAGAUCAUUGAGGAAAUCAAAGUCACUGUCACUGUGCGCUCGGCACGCGACACAUUCCGCGAGCAGAUGUGCGCCACAAUUGUGGAAUGGCUGGCCGAUAUUGCUGGUUGUGAGAUCCUCGAAGACAAUGAGAUCUUCCGUCAGAUAAUUUGCGAGGAAAUGCUCACUCCGUGGAACAAGGGUAGCAGUGGCUCAAAUGAAGACAUUGGCAUGAAGGGCAUCGAUGAUCACCAGAGAAGUGAGAAUGGCCCCGGUCGCACGCUCAUGAUCAACUUGCCUACUCAUGGUCAGGUCAUUUUGACCGCAGACGAUGACGACGACGACGAAGAUGAUGAUGGACUCGACCAGGAUGUAGAUGAGGAUGAGGAUGAGGCUUAUGUCCAGGCUGAAGAUGCGGAUGACGAAGACGACGACGAAAUGGAGAUCGAGCUGUCUCGCCUGCAGGCCGAGCAAGACACAGAUGCCAUGGACAUGGCGGAUGCAGAUGAAGAACUCGCUCUGGCUGAGCGAAUCCUUGCUGAACUUUCACGCGCGCAGCCGCAUUCUCCUCGCCCUCCACGUGCUGAAACCGCAGAGCGCGAAUCAGUUGAACCGGAGCAAUCCAGACUAACUCCCUCUCGCGAUACAAACGCUAAAGGCACUGGAACCGGUGGCUAUAUUAACAUUCCACGCACUCCUGGCUUGAUCAGAAGGAGCCCGGCCAAGGUAGACAGUCACUGGAAAGUCCAGCCACCCAUGCCCGCUGCAGGUGAGAACUUACCACCAUAUGAAGACUUGUGGCAGCGUACUCGUCUGGACUGGCUGGUGCUUUAUGAUUUGAGACUGUGGAAGAAGACACGUACCGAUUUGCGUGAUCUUUAUAUCAGUACCGUUGUCAACGUUCCCCAGUUCAAGCGCAUCAUGGGUCUGCGUUUGUCUGCAUUGUACACGGCAUUGGCUCAGCUUUACCUUGUUGCAGACCGAGAGCCCGAUCACUCCAUUGUCAACCUCUCUCUGCAACUCCUGACGACUCCCUCCAUCACCGAAGAGAUUGUACUGCGAGGAAACUUCCUUACAAAGGUCAUGUCCAUCCUGUAUACUUUCUUGACCACGAGGCAAGUCAGUGAACCGACAGGCGUCAAUCCCAAUGCAACAUUGGCGUUUGAUGCUGGCUCGGUCACAAACAGACGUCUUUACCACUUCUUCCUCGAUCUCCGAUACCUCCUCCAAUCCGAAUAUGUCCAGCAUCGAGUGCGGACUGAAGAGCAAUAUCUUCCUCAAUUCCUCGACCUUGUCAAACUAUCGCAAGGCAUCUGUCCCAAUGUGCGUGCUGUUGGUGAACACGUUGAGUAUGAAACAGAUGCUUGGAUCAGUGCUUCCAUUCUUAUGCGCGAGAUCAACCGACUUUGCCGUAUCUUCUGCGAGUCCUUCCGCAACCCUGACAAUGACCAUGAUGAAAACCUCUUAAGAGCAAUCAAAACUACGACUAAUACUGCUAUCAUCCAUUCAGUCGGCAUGGAGCGCAAGAGAUUUGAUCAGGCCGAGAUUAAGGAAGAGAUGAAAUUCAAAUCGCUGCCACCUUUCGACUUUGAGGUUGGCGCCUCUGGCCAGGUUGUCUGCCACAGAGUUAUUGAGUUCGUCGUUGAGCGUGGUUCUAUCAGUUUCCACCACGCACUUCACUACACUCUGUCCUGGCUUGUUGAAUGCGGACGCAACAUCAGUAGCGCUACCAUGCGCACUGUUAUCUUUGAUGCAGCUCAGACAGCGAGGGCUGCCAUUCAAGACGCUAAUGCGAACGAUCCAAACAGCGUUGACGACCAGUUGCUUUCUCUUGGAACUGAGGAUCUACUUCUUGCUAUGUUCGAUUACCCACUCCGGGUAUGCGCCUGGCUUGCGCAGAUGAAGGCCGGCAUGUGGGUUCGAAAUGGUCUCAGUCUUCGUCACCAAAUGUCCCAGUACCGCGGUGUCUCUUCUCGUGACUUUGCGUACUACAGAGAUAUCUUCCUUCUUCAGACUGCUAUGGUGACUUGCGAUCCCAGCAGAGUUCUUGCUUCUAUUGCACACCGGUUUGGAAUGGUUGAUUGGAUGGCUCGAAACUACACCCCUCGUCCUGGCUAUGAGGAGUCUCAGAUUGUGGAUGUGGCAGAGGAGUUUGUUCAUCUACUGGUUAUCAUUCUGACAGAUCGCACAUCUUUGACGGCUAUCGAUGAUAGCACUCACCUCACCAACGAAAACAUCAAAAGGGACAUUGCUCAUGUUUUGUGCUUCAAGCCACUUUCUUUCUCGGACCUCUCUACCCGCCUGAGCGACAAACUUCUGGACUCAGACAUGUUCCAAGACGUCUUGGAAGAAGUCGCCAACUUCCGUCCCCCGGAAGGCUUAAGUGAUUCUGGAACUUUCGAGUUGAAGCCCGAGAACCUUGACCUCAUUGAUCCGUACAGCGCUCACUACACAAAGAACCAAAGAGACGAAGCAGAGAACAUCUAUAAGGAAUGGAUGGCCAAGAAGACCGGCAAGAAUGCAUCUGAUAUUGUCUUUGAGCCGAAGCUUCGGCCCAUCAGUUCUGGCGUGUUCUCUGACCUUCCUCGCUUUGCUGGUACUGGGCUGUUUGCGCAGAUCGUCCACCAAUGUCUGGAAUAUGUUAUCUCGUCUAAGGAGUGUACACCAAGCAUUCCACCAACACGUGUUGAGACAUUCCUUCAAGUCAUCUUGCAUCUCAUUCUCGCCGCAGUGUUAGAAGAUGAUUCUCACGAAGAUGACAUGGUUGACGAGCAUUCCAACUCCUUCAAUUGGAAUGCCUUGUCCAAGUCCCGAGAGAUCAAGGUGGGCAAUAUAACCAUUGUUGGCCUUCUUGAGAAGAUUUCCGUGACAACCGAUUUCACCUCUUCUGGUCCAAAGAUUCGUCAUAUUCUUAAGCGCAUGUGGCAGAAGCGCCCUCGCACAUAUCACUCGGCAACUGCCUCUCUGAAAUUCCCCUUCGACAGAAUCGAAACCAACUCCCCUGCCAUUGAUGUGGACGGUGAACGAGAGAACAAGAAGAAACAGGCCAUUGAGCGACAAGCUAAGGUCAUGGCUCAGUUCCAGCAGCAACAGCAGCAGUUCUUGAGCAGCCAGGGUAAUAUUGAUUGGGGCGAAGAAGACUUUAGUGAUCUCGAGUCUGACACUGAGGCGGCCCCGGAAAAAAAGCUCUGGAAGUACCCAAGUGGAACUUGUAUUUUGUGUCAAGAGGAGACCAGUGACUCCAGACUAUAUGGUACUUUCGCGAUGAUACAGGACAGUACAAUUUUGCGGCAGACGGACAUCCGGGAUUCCGACAGAAUUCGCGAAGCACUCAAAACUCCCUCAAGUCUGGACAGAUCUGUCGAGGAAAUCAGGCCCUUCGGUGUGGCUGGAGAGAACCACACUACAGUCAAGCGACUUGAUUCUUCUGGUGGUGAAGUCUUGAGUGAAAAGAUUGGGCUGAGCAAAGGGUUUAAUGCAAAAAGCACACUGCGGGGACCUGUCACUACUGGCUGUGGCCAUAUCAUGCACUACUCUUGCUUCGAGGCAUACUGUGGAGCAACUCAACGACGACACACUCAGCAGAUUGCCCGCAAUCACCCCGAGAACACACUGCUUAAGGAGUUCGUGUGUCCUCUCUGCAAGGCCCUUGGUAACGCAUUCCUUCCCAUUACGUGGAAAGGUAAGGAAGAGUCUUGUCUUGCGCCUCUCCCGGAAUCCGAGUCCUUCGACCACUACAUGCACUCAGGCAUUAAGUAUGCCUUGAAUCAACAGCAGAACUUCCCGGUUCUCAUGGAAAAGGAGAAAUCUCUCCCGCAGCCCUACACAGACCUAUUCAUUGAGUACCUCUCGAAGACUCUGGUCCCGCCACUUUCGACAAAGAUCGACCAAUUGAUGGCCUCGUCCUUCCCCGCAUCUGCAGCUGCUCAGUAUAUUGCGUCAGCUCGGAUGCCAAUGCCAGGGAUUUUCCCUCCUACGGAGGACCCCACGCCAUCCAGUCCCCUCCAACAGGUUUCGAGUCCUUCUGAUAGUCCCAUGUCGGAAUUGCUUCAAAUAUAUAGGCGACUAAAGAAGACGAUCAAGAUGAACCACGUCAACUCAAUCUUCACCAACACCCCAGAGGCGCUCAACAAUGAUGAUCUUGUGUUCACCGACUCCUUGAUCCGCAGCUUUGGCUUCAGUAUCUCUGCGGUUGAGAUUGCCCAGCGUGGCAUCGAGUCUGAGCCGGGCUCAACCUUGCUAGACAAGAUUCCUCCCCUGCUACUGACUCACCUCCGUGUUCUAUCGGAGACUGCGUUAACGUACGCUGCUGUUGGGUGUCUUCACUCAACCGGAUCUCCCAAGCUCCGUACAACAAACGAGUUCCAGGAGAUGCAUCGACAGAAGAUUUGUCAGCUGCUUGUCGGUCACCCUUGUUUGAGUGGUACUCCCCUGCUGAAUGAUGUCCGUAAUAUCGAGCCACUUCUGGGUGUUGACACUUUCGUGUUCCUUGCGGAAGCUUCGUUAUCUCUACUUCCAGUUCUGAACAUGGAUAUUCGCCAUCUUGUUCACAUGUGCUAUGUGGCUGAGAUUGUCAAGGUCGCUGUUACCUUCAUUCUUUGGCCAAUUGGUUUGAAGGAAGAGCUUUCCAACCAUCCUGAAGAUCACGCCUCGGUGCCCAACGUAUCUGACGAACAAUUCGGCGUGACCAAGCAAUUCUUUGAUUCGAUCGUGGCUGAACUUAAGGCAAACUCAGUCGGACGUGCCGAGGGCUCUUCCUUCCCCGCCGAGAGUGGCUACGUCAAGGACGGCGAGGAAACUGCCACCCGCAAUGUCAUUUACGCCAUCCGUCGACUCGUUUCGAGUUAUGGCUUGGCGUUCCUGCGCAAGGCAGUGAUUCUUCUUCACGUACAACACGGCGUCGAGUUCCCGAACACCGGCUUCGCUGAUGUCGAUGCAUCCGAACUUGACCGCCUUACAAAGGCACUUCAGCUCCCCUCCCUCGAUGAGAUCCUCAUGUCCAUCAAACCCGCGCGCAAGAGUAACAACGCUUUUGACGCAGUUGUAUCUGGCUGGAUCUUCCACUGGAAUGCCUCGCGCUCAGGUAUUCGCUUCGAAGACCACCGUCUCUGGCCAAGUCUCUCACACCCUGCCCUCUUCGAACUCGUCGGUCUACCCAAAUACUUCGACAGCCUCAUUGAGGAGGCAAACCGUCGCCGAUGCCCCAAAUCCAAGAAGGAACUCAGUGACCCUAGCAUCUGUCUGUUCUGCGGAGAUAUAUUCUGCUCUCAGGCUGUUUGCUGCAUGACCAACAAGCUUGGUGGCUGUAACCAGCAUCUUCAAAAAUGUGGCAAGAACAUCGGCCUGUUCCUCAACAUUCGUAAAUGCACCGUGCUCUACCUGCACAAUACGAACGGAUCUUGGAACUUCGCACCCUAUCUCGACCGCCACGGCGAAGCUGACCCCGGUCUCCGUCGUAACCGCCAACUUAUCCUCAACCAGAAGCGGUACGACCGACUCCUGCGUGAUGUCUGGCUGUCGCAUUCUAUCCCCGCUACUAUCAGCCGCAAGCUGGAGUCCGAGAUUAACAAUGGUGGCUGGGAGACUAUCUAA